ACUGAUCUGAGGUCAGCCCUCACUGCCAGAGGGAGUAGUUGGUCACACUCAGGACUCACGACUGGGGGGGGAAAGGCAAUCUCAGAAAUAAUCUGCCCACGCGUUAAUCUGCUUUAUCCCCGCCGAGCUUCAGCCUCAGCCGGACAAAGACCGGCUGCAGCUCCUCCAUCACUCAGGGGAAGGCGCAGGAGAGAACAGUGGCUUAGACGAGCGGGAAAUAACAUUAACAACAUUUACUAUUCGCGAAGGAGUGAAUAAAUCAGGAGUUUGUUGUGUCAUUUAUGGAGAGCUGGAAAUAAAGUCAAGCCGCUGCGGGGUGUCCACUUCGGGAGGCAGGCGCAGAAAAAACACGCGCUCACUGGGAAUUUUACCACAGACUGAAGCUGGAGAAGCUGGCACGGAGAUGGGAAAGACGGGAUUUGGGAUUUUCCUGGUGAUAAACUGUGUUGUUUCAGGAAUCAUUGGUCAGAAGGUGGAAAUGGACGAUGACAGGUGGGGGUACGUGGACUCCAAGGUGGAUCUCCGCUGUCGUUUCAUCAACAGCUCUCCACCUGUCAAAAUCUCCCAGGUAACCUGGCAGAAACUAGUCAACGGUACUAAACAGAACGUGGCCAUCGCCAACCCCUCACUGGGCGUGUCUGUAGCCCCGCCCUACAAGGAUCGCGUUGCCUUCAAAAACGCGGCAGUGAGGAGACGGACGCCAAACCUGGAAGACACGACCAUCACUUUCUCCUCCCUCCGCCUCACAGAUGAGUCCACAUACAUCUGUGAAUACACCACCUUCCCAGCAGGGAACCGAGAGAACACUGUCAACCUCUCUGUCUACGUUCGUCCAACAACUCAGAUGAGCCUGUCCACACCAACACUGGUGGCUCGGUCAUCCAAUCAGAGGACACCUGUGGCCACCUGCAUCUCUGCCAAUGGAAAACCACCUGGUUCCAUUAGGUGGGAGGCCAAGGUGCCUGGAGAAGUGACCACUCGAGAGUACAAGAACCCCGACGGCACGUUCACUAUCCAGAGCGACUACAUUUUGGUGCCAAGCAAAGAAAGUCAUAAAGAGACUCUCACCUGUGUCACUACCUACAAUGAUGAAGUCUUCACCGACAGCGUCACCCUCGACAUACAGUAUGAGCCAGAUGUUUCAGUGGAGGGAUUUGACGGGAACUGGUACCUGAACAGAGAGAACGUCCAGCUGAGCUGCAGAGCUGACGCCAACCCUGCCGUCUCCCUCUUUCAGUGGAGACUGGUUAACGGCUCCAUGCCGAGCAACGCAGAGAUCCGAGACAACGUUGUUAUCUUCAAAGGACCAGUCACAUAUGACCUGCAGGGCAUUUAUGUGUGCGAUGCUACUAACAGCAUCGGAACGCAAUCGGGUUCUGUUGAAGUCAGCAUCAUAGAGAAGCCUCUACCUCAAAUUGCAACCAGUGAUGUCAUCAGCGUCAUUGCUCUAUUACUGGCUGCUGGAGUGCUGAUGGGCAUUACAAUCACGGUGUUGAUUCUCAAAAUAAGGACUAAAAAAGACGGACCCUCAAAUAGCUCCACUUCCAAAAAAAAGGCUCAACAAAUGAGGAAAAGACCAGCAGAUGAAAACCAGCAUUCUGGACGCUUCUACGAGGAGCUUCCAAACACAGCAGAUUACGUGAGCUACAGACUGGCCUGUAACAAAGAGGACUACCCAGAGCCCUACUCUCCCCCCAUCAACCCUCCUCUGUCCUUUCUGCCGCAGCAGCCGUACCACUCCUCACAGCCAACCUCUACCAACACCACCAGGAGCAGCAGCACCUCGUCCAAAAACACCUUCUCUCCCUCGUCACACACCAUGGCCAUCUUCAAAUACCCCACCGUACCGGGCAUGUCUUCACCCCCGCCAGGCGUCGGGGGCUACCAAACACCCAAGGAGCAAUACGUCUGAUCCAACAUCUUUUUACAAACUCAUGUAAAUCCACAAACUUUUCCAAACACGAGGCUUGAACCCUGAACUUGUCUACACCGUCUGCAGCCCUGUGGCUCUGGAAGUCGAAGGACGCUGCAGUUGGACUGAUGUGAAACCUUUUUAUCCUGUUGUCUUUUACGGUUGUUUUCACUCUUUAAAAAAGGGAACAUUUGGUUUUAGGAUAGUAGAAUGUCAGCUGAAGGAUUAUUUGACAUUCUGUGGUUUUAAUGUAAUAUUGUGUCAACAUGUUCCAUUCAAAUGAAAUAUUAUAAAUGAUCCCGCUGCCCACUCUCUGCUGGCUGUUAUCUCUUGUUACGUAAAACAGCUUCCUGUAUUUGUAUUUUCUAACAUUUGUGUUUUUGUUUGCAAAAAAAGAGAAAAGAAACAUUUUUACUCAUUGCAUACAUUUUUAUGUGUUUAAAAGAAAUUGUUCUUUAUAUUUGUGGUGCAUUUCUGUGUUUUUUAGAAUUCAUUGACACUGGCUGUUGGAUGAACUGUACAUUUUAGUUUUAACUGUUGAAAUAAAAUGUUAAUGUUA